CACGGAAAGGUCUACCCUGGCCAAGUUCUACUAUCUGCUUGUCAAGAAUAUCUGAUGACAUUCAAAUUAAUGACGUCACAAGUGAAACAAAGAGCUAGACCAUGAAUUACCCGAAUAUGCAUAAUUAGGGCUCAAAAGGUUAAGUAUUUUAUCAUUCGCAUAUGGCCAAUUGCAAUUUUCCAUCCGCAUUUUUUGUCAACCGCAUUUUUCCAUCCGCAGUUUGUCAUCCGCAUUUUGCCAUCCGCAUAUUUUCGCCAUCCGCCAUCCGUCGCCUAUCCGGUCCACGUCUUACAGAGACCUGUAUGUUUGAUCGGCUAAAAGCAUUUCUGCAAGAAAUUCUAUGUGCCAUAUCAGGCUUUAAUGCCAGCAGUCUGGCUCCAAAAUUACUUCAACGCCAUCUAAACACCAACACUUUUAAUCGAUACCCCCAUUACAUUCUAACACAGAAAUGUCAUAGCUACUAUAAUCCAUUCACAAGAAUAUUUUCAUCCUAAAAUCGGCAGAUACCGGUAAGAAUACGGAAAACCAAUGUUCUUAUCAAAAAGAAAGAGAGUAAUAAAGCGUAUACAUAGAGAAAUCAUCAUUAAAAGUUUCGAUUCUAAGCUGUCUUCGACGAUUUAUAAGGAUAAUCCCUCGUCAUAGCAAAACUUCUGUCUGCAACUUCGGUCUUCUUCUCUGCAAGCCCGGACAGAAGAGAGAGUCGUAUGUAGUUUCUACGAAGACCAAGGUCUAUUUUUAAAGGGUCUUUGUGUAGUUUCUAAGUCGUUCUGUUUUGUGUAUUUUGAGAACACUUGACUUCACCCCCGCAAAAUCGUGCACUGGAACCAAUGUCGUGAUAUUGUAAGAGAAAAAAAAAUAUGGCCCCAUUGAAAUACAAAAGCAUUUCGUGUCCGUUAGCGCUGAAGCUGUCAUGCAUGAAAGACUAUCCAAUCACUGUCGAGAAGGGAACAAUGAAAGUUCUUUUAAAGUUUGUAAAUAAAUACGCAUGCACGUCAAUGUUUUUUUUAAGACAGGAGAAUCAAUCGGGCUGGCAAAGUUAGGAAGUCGGCAAACAACAAGGAUCUACAGUAUCACUCUCUCCGGGUGCUACAAUACUUCCGUGAUAUUGAGCUUCCCGGUACAGUGUGAUACCAUGCCGUAUUUCACGUUGAAUAACCCUGUGCCGCUGAAAACGGCAGACAUCUACCUGAACGAACUGUUCUUAAAUGCAGCGAAGAAUGGUGACUAUGAAAGAGUGCAGAAUUUUCUCGCUCGUACGUCGAGAAAUGCGUCAGUUAACGUGGACGCUAAAACCAAGGAUGGAGGAUUCACCGCGGUCAUGCUGGCGGCAAUGAACGAGCAUCGAAAGGUGGUGUCACUGCUGUUGAACUAUGGAGCAGACAUAACUUUGUGUAACAACAAAGGGCAGUCAGUCCUGGAUUUUGCGUCAGACUCGAUGAGGCCCUUACUUCUGGGUUCUGUUGCAAGGCAAGGAUAUUCAUCUCGGCAUUUGCUGCAGGCUGCCUGGCAAGGAAAUGUUCUUUUGGUGAAGAAAUUGUUGUCAUCCAAAUCCAUGCUGGAUGUGAACUGUACAAAUGCAGAUGGUUUGACGCCUCUUCUUCUCGUCACAAGAGACUUAAACCUCUUCGAGAAAAUUGAGAAAGCUGUUAUGGACAGUGGCUAUCACCCAGUGGAAGUUGUUAAGGAACUGAUAAAUCACAAUGCUGACUGUGGUGCCAAAGACAGUGAAGGCAAAAGACCUCUUCACCUUGCAGCGUAUGGAAAAGGAGGCCAUGCCAGGGAUGUGGUAGAUGUCCUGAUAGAGAAGGGUGCAACCGAAAUUGAUGUGCCAGAUAGAUUCUGCAACUCCCCCCUACACUGGGCAACCAAAGAGGACAAUCAGCCAAUCCUACUGGCUCUUAUCAAGGGUGGAGCUAACGUCAAUGCCAAAGGACAUAUUGGAAGGACUCCUCUUCAUAUUGCUGCUUCUCAUGGAUAUGAGAAAUCUUCUGACACACUUCUUUAUCAUGGAGCAGAUGUCACUAUAACAGAUGACAAUGGUCUGUCGCCGGUUGAUGUGGCAAAGGGUACGAGGGUGCAAGUUGUCCUGAAAGAUGCUUGGGCAGAACAAACCAAAGAUAACAAACUUCAAUCCAAGAGGGUCUUUUUAGCUUCAGUUCCUCCUCACGUCCAACAAGACCCUGAAUUCACUGAACAAAAACAGUCAACAGAACAGGAGACAACAGUUCGGAUGAGUACUGCACCGCUUCAAGCAGCUGAAAGGAGACUGAAGAAAAGGUCCAAGAGUUCCUUAUCUGCAAAAGAGACCACUGUUCUGGAUGAAAGAACGAACGUUCCUGUUUCAAGAAAAAUGUCCGAUGUACGCAUGCCUAGAAUACCUUCAGCACAGAAAACCGAGCUUUUGUCACCAGGUUCCAGAUCUAACUCUGGAUUUGCUAGCAGAGUACAGUCUGGAAAACACGAACUCCCGGAAAUAAAAGACAUGCAAACCACUGGGGCACUUCCAAGUUUGUCAGUUCUCAAUAUUGAGCUGAGAUAUGCUCGGUAGGCGUUCUUUGCUGUUGUUAAAUUUGUGUUAUUAUACAUGCACAGUGAUAACAUACAUGAUGUAUACGGAUACCCAAGUUGGGUCAUUACAAUUUAACUUACUACGCCUUUUCAUAAUACGAUCGGCCAUAAAAGUAAGGUAGUCGUGUGAACCGCCUGGUCGUUAAGGUUGGUUUCCCUUGCACAGUGUUAUUGUAUUAGUAAUACGACACACGGAUUUAGAUGCUGGUUAUAGGUUUCACCUGUUGUGCACGAAUUUCGUAUGUUUGUAAACUGGCAAUUGAACA